CCAAGACCACACUCAAUGUCACCAGACAGUGUCUCCUGGCCUAUUGGGGCAAAACAGUUUAUUCUCAGCCACUACAAAUUGAUUGUUUCAAAUUAUUCAUUUUCUGAGGAAACUUUAGAAUCACUUUUAUUUUAAAAGAACAAAUUAAAGAGACACUGUUUCUCAGACUGCUGUUCAGUCUUUCUGGUGCUUGUUCACAGCGAAAGCAAUGGCAUCCGUACCUUCUGUUGGUUGUCUUCUGGCCAAAAAUCAGUAUUAUCGAAAGGCCAGUAUUUCUUCAGUUAGCUCUGACACUGUUAAUUUCACAGAGGAAGACAAACCCCAGCAAGGAUUACCUGAAGUGGCAGAAUCCAACUGGUGGUUUAAAUCCUUUUUUUAUUCUGAACCUGUACUUUCAAAUGUGAUAAGAAAAGAUCUGUCUGCUAGUGGCACUAAUUGUUGACUCUGACAAUCCAAGUGACUCUACCUCCUGAGGUGCUACAAAUUUGAACAAUACUUUCCAGCACUCAGGCUAUUCUGGAUGACUCCUCUCCAUUGUAAAAAGGAAAAAAACCUGCCGGGAAUCUCAGCAGCCACCCCUAAAAUCAGGCAUUUUCUUCACUAUUAAAACCAUUACUAUAAGUAGCAGCAGCUUCAUGGAAAAUGUUAGAAAAGCAUGGUAUUAGAAAUAUGUGUCCCUGUAAAGUAAUGAAUCUUCAAAUGUAGUAGACUUUUCAUUAUUCAUAUUAUUUUUUCAAAACAAAUAAAUUUUUUUUAAUUUUCAAAAAA